UCUGGAUCAUCUGUGUCCUAGACAGCCUCCGGAGGUUCCUCUGCCCACAGUCCUCUUCCCCCAUCCUGAGGCUGCCGAGUCCUGCAGCGCUUGGCCAUGUCUGGCCCUGGCAGGCCGCGUCUCCUCUGGCUCCUGGCUCUCUGGCUGGCUGGUGUGGGCCAGGGGAAGGGAGACAAGAUCCAUUCCAAACACUGUAACAUGAAAACAAAGUUCCUCACAAAUUCUCCAUGUACCUCCUGUGUGGCUUUUAAGAAUCAGGCCUGCCCAGUAGGCUGGACCAAGAAUUGGGAGAAAGGCCCUGAGGACUGCAGUUAUUCUGUGACUCUGGGAGAGAAUACCAUCUUGAUGUCUGGAUGCAGCCAGGUCUGCUGGAAAGAGGUGGAAAAGAAGGCCUGCUGUCCUGGGUACUGGGGCUCUGAAUGCUAUGAGUGUCCUGGGGGACCUGAUAAACCCUGUAAUGGGCAUGGUACCUGCCUGGAUGGAAUUGGUCAGAAUGGGACCUGUGUGUGUGAGGAAGCAUAUGGCGGCUUUGCCUGCCAGGACUGCAAGGAUGGGAACUCAUUUGGUCCUGACUGCAAGUCAGUGUGUACCUGUGUCCAUGGUGUGUGCAAGAACGGGCCCCAAGGUGAUGGGAGCUGUGUCUGCUUUGCUGGUUACACUGGCCCCCGGUGUGACCAGGAAGCGGCGGCCUGCAAGGACUUGGCCUGCCCACAGAACUCACAGUGUGUGAACACAGAUACUGGGGCACCCAGCUGCAAGUGUCUCCCGGGCUACCGUCUCCGGGGCACCAAAUGCCAAGCCCAAGAUCCCUGUUCUUCCUGCUCUCCUUUUGCUACAUGCUCAACCCUGGAGAAUGGAGACUUUGAAUGUCAGUGCAAGGCUGGUUACCAUGGUGAUGGGAAAUUCUGCCAGCCCGUGGACCCCUGCACUUCCAACUAUGGUGGCUGUCCCAGUAACACCACCCGGUGCCUAUAUCUGGGUCCAGGCAAGUCUAUCUGUGCCUGCAAACCAGGCCUAACCGGUAUUAGCCACAACAUCUCGGAAGGUUGCAGACCCAUCAUCUCCUCCUGCCGUAAUUUCUUCUGCGACAGUUCAGCCACUUGCCAGCUGGAUGUGCAGGGCAGACCCAGGUGUACCUGCAAAGAAGGAGAGAUCGGAGAUGGACGCUCCUGUUAUGGACACUUUAUCAGGGAGCUGGAGAGAGCCAAUAGCCAGCACCGGUUCAAAAGGAAGUUAUCUACAGCCCUCAGCAUGCUGGAAAAUGGCUGUGGGGAGAUCCUAUCCAAGUCCGGGCCUUUCACAGUGCUGGUCCCAUCCUUGUACGUGUCUCGGACCUUGAAUGAGUCGGUGUCCAAGUCGCUAUGCAAGCUGUACAUCGUCCCCGGACAGCACUUGAUAGAGGAGCGCUUCUCGGCUCCCUCAUACUCCCAGACGUGGUGGACACUGGCCGGAGAAUCGCUGACCAUCACUGGCAGCAAGUACCUAAGCCCUGGGAAAACCAUCAAGUACAAUGACCAGCCACGCUCGACCUACAGCAUCGUGCAGACCAACUUGCCAGCCUCCAACGGCGUCUUCCAUCUCAUCAGCAACAUCCGCACGUCGCCCCCUCCGUCCUUCAUCCCGGGAGAUCCGCAGAAAUCCAUCGGGAAGAUUCUGGCUUCUAUGGAUGUCUUCAGCCGGUUUGAAACCAUUCUGGAGAACUGUGGCCUCCCUUCCAUCCUUGAAGGCCCAGGGCCCUUCACUGUAUUUGCCCCCAGCAACACUGCGGUGGACAGCAUGCGAGAUGGGAGGCUCAUUUACCUGUUCACGGAGGGCAUCUCUAAACUUCAGGAAUUGGUGAAACAUCACAUUUACAGCAGUGCUGGGCUGACUGUGGACAAGCUGAUCUCCUUGAGGCAAAUCCAGACCAUGGCCAACCAGGUCCUGUUCACGAACAUCACAGAGGAGGGCCGCAUCCUCUUGGGGUCUCCCGGCAUCCCCUUGAAGACCGUGGAUAUCGUGGCGUCCAAUGGGAUUAUUCACCUGCUGGAUGGUAUUUUGCUGCCCCCGUCCAUCCUGCCCAUCCUGCCCCAUCGGUGCAAUGAGAACCAGUACAAGAUUGUGUUGAGUACCUGUGGAGAUUGCCAGGCCCAGAACACCAGCGUGUGUCCCCCCGACAGCCAAAUGCUGAACAUUUUCCCCAAGGAGUGUGUUUACAUCCAUGACCCGGACGGUCUGAAUGUGAUGAAGAAGGGCUGUGCUCGAUACUGUAACCAGACCGUUGUGAAACUCGGCUGCUGUAAAGGCUUCUUUGGCCCCGACUGUUCCCAGUGUCCCGGCGGAUUCUCAAAUCCCUGCUAUGGCAAAGGCAAAUGCAGUGAUGGUAUCCAGGGCAACGGGGCCUGCACCUGCUUCAAAGCCUACAAGGGCGUGGCCUGCCACAUCUGUGCGGAUCCCAACCGGCAUGGAGAGCAGUGUGAGGAAGAAUGCGGAUGUGUCCACGGCAUCUGUGACAACCGGCCCGGCAGCGGGGGGACGUGUCAGAGGGACACGUGCACCAAGGGCUUCAGCGGCCCCUUCUGCAACGAGUCCUCGGCUGACUGUGGCCCCUCCGGCCUGGACCAGUACUGCCACCCCCAGGCCCGCUGCGUCACCCUCCAGGGCCGCGCCGUGUGCGUCUGUCCCCCUGGCUUUGAGGGUGAUGGUUUCUCCUGCGAGGUCAAGCACCCCUGUGACCGCCCCGAUCGAGGUGGCUGCUCUGAGAACGCCCAGUGUAUCAGGAACGCCUCCGCCCCCCACCAAUGUGUGUGCAACAAGGGCUGGACAGGAAACGGCAAAAUCUGCGUGGCCAUUAACCCGUGUGUGCUGGAGACCCGGGGCGGCUGCCAUGCGGAGGCCUACUGCAGCUUCACUGGGCCAGGGCAGAGUUCUUGUAUGUGCAAGACGGGCUUCGCCGGGGACGGCUAUGAGUGCAGCCGCAUCAACCCGUGUCUGCAGGCCCACAAUGGCGGCUGCCACAAGCUGGCCACCUGCCGGCCCCGAGACGAUGGAUCUCCGCCGCUCUGUUUCUGCCCAGACGGCUACGGCGGAGAUGGCUUCACCUGCUACGGGACCAUCCUGGAGGAGCUGAAGAGGAAUGACCACUUUGCUGAGUUCUAUCAAUGGAUUAAGAGAGCUGGCUUCGCCCUCCCUGCCAGAGGCAACUUCACAGCCUUGGUGCCGUCAGAAGCUGCCAUCCAGAGCCUGAGUCCCGAAGACCAGGCUUUUUGGCUGCAGCAACAACAACUGUUGCACCUGCUCAGGGCCCACUUCCUCCCAGAUGCUCUGACCACUAGGAAGCUGUCUGACCUCUUUGGGCAGGAGGUGAUCACCCUGAACCCACCCACCCGCUGGGAGAUCAGCAACAGCAGCGGGGGGAUCACCAUCCAGAAUGUGAGUGUGGCGGUAGCCGACAUCCUCGCCACCAAUGGGGUCCUGCACAUCCUCAGCAAGGUCCUGCUGCCCCCUCGGGCGGACGCGCCCCCGCCCAAGCUGAGUCUGAGACAGCAGCUGGAUACCGUGCCUUCCUUCAGCAUCUUUAAGGAGUUGUUACUGCGAUACCAGCUGCUGUCCCAGAUUGAGGCUGCUGCCAAGUAUACCCUCUUUGUGCCCACAAACGGCUCGGUGGAGGAGUACUGCCUGAAAGCCAACCUGAGUGCCCUGGACGUGGAAACUGUGAAGCGCCACGUGCUCCUCGGCGAGGCUCUCACCCCGGACGCCCUGCGGCCCGGGAUGCACCGAAAUUCCCUCCUGGGCUCCUCCUACGAGCUAAUCUUCUUCAUUGGGGAGGGGGGCCUGUCUCUGGUGAACCAGGUCCCCGUGGUGGGUCCCACGCUGAAGCCCCAGGGGGGCGUCGUGCUCGGCUUGGGCGGAGUCCUGGCCGAGAGGACGAACGUCUGUCUUCGAGCGCUCGAGAAGGCGGUCAAGAAGAAAUGUGGCAGCUGUGAGCGGAGAUACCGCUGUUCUUCCGGCUAUAAGAUUCAGAAAGGCCCCAGAGAGAGCUGUAUCUACUUGUCAAAUGGAAUUCGGACCAUAGGCUGCUACUAUACGUGUGUUAAGAAAAAAGAGAUCCCCGACUGCUGCCCUGGCUUCUUUGGAACCCUUUGUGAGCCCUGCCCUGGGGGUCCAGGUGGUAACUGCUCAGGCCAUGGGCAGUGUCAGGACGGCCUUCUGGGUAGCGGAGAGUGUCGCUGCCACGAAGGCUUCCAUGGCACUGCCUGUGAGGGAUGUGAGCUAGGGCGCUAUGGGCCCGACUGUGCUGGAGUUUGUAACUGUGGCCAUGGAAUGUGCCAGGACGGGCUGCUGGGGGAUGGGAGCUGUAGCUGCAAUGUGGGCUGGAAGGGCCCCCGCUGCGACCAAGAGAACAAGGAUUCCUUGUGUCCGGAAAGAUGCGACCCUUUUGCCAACUGCAUCAACGCCUCCUGUGUCUGUUCUGCUGGAUACGCUGGCAACGGCACCAGCUGCUCAGAAGUGGACCCCUGUGCCCAGGAUCACGGAGGCUGCUCCCUUAAUGCGAACUGCACCAAGGUGGCCCCCGGGCAGAGGACGUGCACCUGCAAGGAGGGCUACGCCGGCGACGGGGAGCUGUGUCUGGAGGUCAACAGCUGCCUGAUCAAGAAUGGUGGUUGCCACGCCAGGGCCGAGUGCACCCCGACGGGGCACAGUCAGGUGGCCUGUAACUGCGGACCUGGUUAUACUGGGGAUGGAAUCCAGAGCUGUGACCCCAUCAACCCCUGCACACAGGACAACGGAGGCUGCAGCCGCUUUGCUUCAUGUAACAACACAGGGCCCGGGGAGCGGACCUGCACGUGCGGCGUCACGACCGUGGGCGACGGCUUCACCUGCCGGACCAGGAUAAGCCUGGAGCUGCUCCGGGACAAGGACGCCGCCUUCUUCAGCCACUACUUCAUGGAAUACCAGGAAUUGAAGGGAGAUGGACCCUUCACGGUCUUCGUCCCUAGGGAAGAUCUGAUGAAGAACUUUAGCCGGAGAGAGCUCUCCAAGUUCAGCGACCACCGGCAGCUCCUGUUCCGGUACCACACGGUGGGCUGUAGACGCCUGCUGGCCCAGGACCUGCUGGAGGCCGGCUAUGUGACCACCCUGUCUGGCCACAAGCUGCACUUCAGCCAGCGUGAGGGAAGCCUCUACAUCAAUGAGUAUGCCCAGGUGGUGACGGAAGACCAGCUGGGGGUGAACGGCGUCCUCCAUUUCAUCGACAAACUGCUGCUGCCCCCGGAGCUGGUGCACUGGGCCAACGACUCCUCGCCGCCUCCCAAGCAAAACAUCACAGAAGCAGCUCAGAGCUGGGGCUACACCAUCUUUAGCAAACUUCUGACGACGGCCAGGCUGCUCCCCAUGUUCCAUGACAAGGCUCACCAGCCCUUCACCGUCCUGUGGCCCUCGGAUGAAGCCUUGAGAGCGCUCCCCCCCGAGCGUCAGGCCUGGCUCUUCCACGAGGACCAUCGGGAUAAGUUGGCAGCCAUCUUGAAAGGCCAUGUGAUCCGCAACGUCAAGGCCCUGGCUUCUGACAUACCCAACCUGGGCGAGCUCCGAACGAUGCACGGCUCCCCCAUCUCAUUCUCCUGCAGCAAGACCCUGCCCGGCGACCUCUUGGUUGGCGAGGGUGAAGCUCGAAUCGUGCAGCGAUACAUGGAGUUCGUGGGGGGCAUUGCCUAUGGCAUCGACCAGCUCCUGGAGCCCGUGGGGCUGGGCUCCCGCUGUGACCACUAUGUCAAGGAGCAGUUGUCGACGUUCCGACAGUACUGUGGCUCGUGUGUCAUGCUGCCCCUUUGUCCUGUAGGAUACAAAGACGAGGGGGAGGUCGAGCACUGCUUGAGGAGGCCUUUCUUUCUGCGAUACACCUAUUACGACUCGUUUUCAUUCUCCCGAAAGUCUCCGAAACUCGGCUGUCGUCGCCGUUGCUUUGCAGUCACCUGGAAGCCAGCUUGUUGCCGGGGGCACUAUGGCAUCGAUUGCCAAGUGUGCCCAGGGGGAGCAGAAAACCCAUGUAAUGGCAAUGGAGUGUGCGAUGAUGGACUGAUAGGGACUGGAGCCUGUAGGUGCAACCAGGGUUUCAACGGGACAGCCUGUGAGCUCUGUGCUGCAGGGGCUUUUGGCCCUCACUGUCAAGCGUGUCAGUGCACAGACCAUGGCCAGUGUGACGAUGGUAUCUCGGGCUCUGGCUUUUGUUUCUGCAGUGAGGGUUGGACGGGACAGCACUGUGAGACAAAGCUGGAUGUGCAGCCCGUGUGCUCCCCACCCUGCGAUCCUCAUGCUGUAUGCCGCGAGGACAAUGUCUGCGAAUGCAACCUGGAUUAUGAGGGGGAUGGCCACAAAUGUACACCGAUUGACCACUGCCGGAAUGGACAUGGCGGCUGCAGCCAGCAUGCCAACUGCAGCCAGCAGGGCGUCCUUGUGAUCUGUACUUGCCACCCUGACUAUGAAGGUGAUGGAGUGUUCUGUCGGGCCCGGGACCGCUGUGCAGAUGGCCAGAACGGAGGCUGUAGUGAGCAUGCUGAAUGCAUUAGCACCGGCCCUAACGCGCGCCGCUGUGAGUGCCGAGCUGGCUAUGUGGGGAGUGGAGUCCAGUGCCUGGUGGAGGCUGUGCCCCCUGAGGAUCGAUGCCUGGAGAGCCCUGGGCCCUGCCACCCAGAGGCCAUCUGCACUGACCUGCACUUCCAAGAGAAGCGGGCCGGGGUGUUCCACCUGCAGUCCCGGGAGGGCAAGUACAGGCUGAGCUUCAGGGAGGCCCAGGAGCAGUGCGCGGCGCAGGGCGCCGUCUUAGCUUCCUUCGAGCAGCUUUCAGCGGCUCAGCAGCUCGGCUUCCACCUGUGCUACGGCUGGCUCUCCAACGGCACGGCCGCUUACCCCAGCGUCUACCCCGGCGCCGGCUGCAGCCGCGUGGGCGUCGUCACGCAGGGAGCCCCGGGCAGCCCCGGCGCGCGCUGGGACGCCUACUGCUACCGCGUGCAGGACGUGAGGUGCCAGUGCCGGGCCGGCUUCGUGGGGGACGGGAGCGCGGUCUGUAACGGGAAGCUGCUGGACGUGCUGGCCGCCAAUGCCAACUUCUCCACCUUCUAUGGGUUGCUGCUGGAUUACGCCAACACCACGCAGCCGGGCCUGGAGUUCCUCGGCUUCCUCUCUGACGAGCUGACCUCCAAGACUCUCUUCGUCCCCCUCAACUCUGGUUUUGGGGACAACGUGACGCUGAGCUGGAAGGACCUGGAGCUGCACGCGUCCAACGUCACCUUUCUGAGCCUGAACCUCAGUCAGAGCGCCGUCCUUCCUGCCCACUCGGGCCACCAGCUUUUCAUCAGCAACGACUCUGCUGGCAACAGUACCGGGUUCAAGGGGGGCUUUGAUGUGGUGAGAGUCAGUGCUAUUGUGGAGUGGGAUAUCAUCGCCUUCAAUGGCAUCAUCCAUGCCAUCCAGAGCCCCCUCACCGUGCCCCCCGAGCUGGAGGCUCCCGUGGCCAGGAGCACCACUUCUGUAGCAGUCGGCUUGUCCACUGCCUUGGGAACGGGGCUGGUUUUGGGACUGGUGGCCCUGUAUUUCCACUACAAAGUCAAGGGCCAAGGAUUCCAGUUCCAUUAUUUCAAGGCCGAAGAUGAUGACGAUGACUUCUCGCCCUGGCAAGAAGGACCCAGCCCGCCCCUGAUCUCUGUGCCCAACCCCACUUUUGAUGGCUGUGACAGCUUCUACGAGCCCUUUGAUGACUCAUUACUUGAUAAGGAGUUCCCGGACACCCACAGAAUCCUUGAGGAGGACUAAGGGGGCCUGGGAGGAGCCUCUUCACUACACCCAGCUCCGCCCCAUCCCCGUUCCCAGGAAUGUUUACAUGGGUCUGAGUGAGCCCAGAAGGGGGUGCCCACCCUUAUUUGCACAGCCUCCUCCUGCAGGGGCCGGGGCCAGUACGAGCCUGCGGGAGACACGUGGCCUGGCACCUCCAGCCUACUCCCCGUCCCUCUCACCCUUUGCCACCUCAUGGGAUGUAGCGUCUGGCUCUGACCCAGACUUUCCUCAGGGGAUUUUUGGACGGACAUUGCCUUGGAUGGAGGGGAUGGGGAGGGGUCGGGUCACUCCUCUGGGGCCCAGCCCUGGCCAGAGGUCUGGCCUCAGGUCAGUUAUGAGGGGCACUGAGGGAGAAGCACAAAGCAGCUGUCACUGGAGCUCCUGAUCCGUACAACAGUCAUUUGAUGUUUAUUUGUCUUCUGUGAGGACCCUUGGCUACACAAAAUGGAUGCUUCCUCCUCAAUGCCCCCCAUUGCCCAGCAUCCCACGCCCAGGCCCAGAACAGCUCCUGUGACCCUCUAGUAGUGGAGGGAAGCAGUGGCCUCCCCAGGCCUCUUAGACACGUGUGGCGGCUUCCCCCUCCUGGGUUUGGGAGCCCUGCCCCAUCCUGCAGGAAGUGUCCAUGCCCUUAACACCCCUCCCCCACCCCCAUUCCUCCUCUGGGCAGACAGGGGCACUCCUGGGUCUCUCUGCCUCACAGGGGAGGGGCCCAUUGCACGAUUCAGCUCUCGGUGGCUGAUGUACCUCAGAUGGGGAUGGGGGGGGGCCUUUCAAAAACUCCUGUCAUUCAAAAAAUAAAAUUCUUGCGUCCAGCUUA